ACCAAUUCGUGCACUUUUAUCUCGAUCCAAGCUCAGAUAAACAGCCCCCAAAACCCCUGAAGCAGCUUGACUUGAGCGUGUUUGAAGAUGCAAUGACUUGACCACCUAGAAGCAACGAGGAGCACCCGAUUUGCGAGUUCCCCAAAUCCCCGCCAUCGACAUGAUCACCGACGCGAUCGUGGUGUCCAAACCUGGCGCACCCUUCCAAUACCAGCAGAUCGAGCUUCACGAUAAUCUCCGCGCGGAUGAAGUGCUUGUCCGCAUCAAGGCCACCGGCGUGUGCCACACCGACCUCAACUUCGCCAAGGAGAAGACCAUGCCCGAGCUGUUCCCGGCUGUCCUGGGCCACGAGGGCGCGGGUGUCGUCGAGCGCACGGGAUCCAACGUCACGAGAUUCGUGAACGGGGAUCACGUCACGGUCGUCUUCAGCUCGUGUGGGGAGUGCAAGUACUGUCUGCGCAAGCAAUCGUCUUAUUGCGACUUGUGGUUUCAGUACAAUUUUGGAAUUGGGCGGCUGGACGGGUCCAAGGUAUUCUCGAGCCUCAGUACGGGGAGACCGAUCACGAGUCAUUUCUUCGGACAGAGCAGCUUUGCGAGGCAUAUCUUGGUGUCUCAAAAUGGAUUGGUCAAGGUUGACAAGGACUUGCCCUUUGAGCAGGUCGCGGCUCUCGGCUGCGGAAUCAUGACGGGCGCGGGAGCAAUGCUAAACGUGGUCGAGCCAGCUUCGGAGAUGACGGUCGCUGUUGUAGGUGUUGGAGCCGUGGGACUAUCGGCAAUCAUGGCUCUGAAGAUGCUCGAAACGCCACCCAAGAAGACCAUCGCCAUCGAUAUCGUCCCUACGAGGCUCGAACUGGCCCGCUCAUUCGGCGCAACCCACGGUGUCAACUCCAAAGUCCGACCUGAACUCAUGAAAGUCCUCCUAGAUAUCACAGGCGGGCGUGGCGUGGAUGGUGCUAUCGACACCACAGGGAAGCCAGAGGUGAUUAAGGAACUCAUUCACAGUGCUGCACGGAAAGGGAAGGUCGUAACAGUGGGCGUUGGCGAUCUAUCAGCAGAAGCGUCAUUGAACAUGUUUGAGAUGGUCAAUGCAGGGUGCAGCUACGUUGGCUGCAACCAGGGAGAUUGCUAUCCUCAAGAGUUUCUACCAAGACUAUUGGCGGCGCAUCAGGAAGGGAGGUUUCCCUACGACCAGCUCAUCAAGACAUAUCGCGCCAAGGAUAUUGAGAAGGCCGCCCAUGACAUACACAGUGGCACCACCGUCAAGGCCGUUUUGGUCUGGGACUGACGCCGACUCAAUCUUUAUGUUGCCAGGGGAGGGGAUGCUGGUAUAUAUCACGAGUACUCGGUCUUAAACCGCGUCUAUGUGUAUAGAGGACACUGUAUAUACAUUUUCCAGCAGCUUUUUCUCAGGAGAAUCAUG